UCCGUAAUCAGCCGGGGUCAUACUUGGGAUAGAAGAUUUCCUUUAGUUUCUGACGGUCUGGCCCGGUGUCAUGUUUGAUCAGCUCCGGGUAAAGGAGCAGGACAUGUCUCCCUUCGUCCAUAAUUAAGGAAUGGCAGUUCGAACAGGAGAUCUUGCACGGGAGGCUAUGCACUGGCUCCAUGGUAGAGCUGUUAUAGAAAUAUAGAGAAUCAUGACCGCGCACGAACUGGACAUCGUCCUUGUGGAAGAUGGCCGCCCAUUGAAACGGCGCUCCUUGAGCAAUUGUUAGAAACACAGUGACUAACAGCAAACACAGACUCCAGUAACUAAGUAUGCUAACCGUGUAAUGUCUGGCAGCCAUUACAGUGGCAAAAUUUGGAGUCCAGCGGCUCUCUUCGACUUAUUUCAUAUUCGACCCGCUGGCAUUGACAACGCGCUCUCCAUUGCACUUCGCCAAACGGUCCGUUCUCUGGCCCGCGCCCGUAUGGAGGGUUUGCCAUCCACUUGUCUUCUGAUGAGUACGGCAUGAUACCGGGUACUCGAAAGGGCCAUAACAUUGUGUAUCUUUUCCGCCGAGCUGAUACGUAGUAUCACCAAGGGCCGGAUUGUUUACUUCCUCUAUAUCAAGAGGAAUGGUAUGACGUCAUAAGAAGUAACCACUUUUCUAGCUCCCCAGCUGUGGGUAGCUCUCCAGUCUUCCCGUCACCUUGCAUCUGGACAGGGCAUUGCAGAAGGGGCUGCUUGUUCUCGUCUUCUUCGACUCCUUGCGAUGAUCGUGUCGUUGAAUGCCGCAAAAAGCGAACAAAAGUCGCAAAAGAGCGUUGGUGUCGGUGUGAUUAUGUAAGCGGGCCUCGGCCUGCUGGAAAAGAGCCGAAGAAUUGCCGAGAGUAGCACGAACGGACCUUCGCUGGCUGGUUAUCUAGACGAACAACAACAGCAACAUUCUAGCUAGAACAUACCCAGACAUCUAUGCUCAGUGUCUGGUGGCGAUAUACUCCACAGACUAUCUCUAUAUAAGCAACUUGCUUCAUAAGCAGCGGACAAAUAUACCUCCAGCUAUGUCGUUCUCCUCCAGUCCCCCAGAGUCCCCCUUUUACACCCUUUCCUACCCAGAACAAGGGGUACUACUAGCAACUAUAAAUCGUCCCAGACAUAUGAACUCCAUCCCAUUUCAGGGCCAUUGGGACUUUGAGAAACUUUGGACUUGGUUUGAAAAUGAAGGUUCCAUGCAAGUUGCUAUCAUCACUGGGGCAGGUGACAAGGCAUUCUGUGCCGGACAAGACCUCAUAGAAAUUGAACAAAAUGCAAUAAACCCGCCCCCAGAGCCGUAUUUGACCGGCCAUCCCCGGUCAGGAUUCGCAGGUAUUAGCCAGAGGAGAGGAAAGAAACCUAUCAUUGCCGCAGUUAACGGGUUUGCGUUUGGCGGCGGCUUUGAGAUUUGCUUAAAUUGUGACAUGGUUGUUGCGUCACCAAAGGCUCGGUUCUCUCUACCUGAAGCGAAACGUGGUGUCUAUGCUGCUGCUGGUGGAUUAGCACGUUUGAUGCGUAUCGUCGGCCUUCAGAUUGCAUCUGAGAUUGCCAUGACAGGCCGAGUAGUCUCUCCCGAGGAAGGGAAAGCGUGGCAGUUCGUGAACCGUAUAUCCAAAACUCAUGAGUCAUUGAUCGAAGAGACAUUGGAGCUUGCUAGAGAGAUUUCUCAACUUAGCCCUGAUGCUCUUAUCAUCACCAAGGCUGGGCUUAGAGAAGCUUGGGAAACAGGAAACGUGGAAGUUGCUGUCGCAAACAUCAGGGCUCAGUAUGACAGAAAGCUUUAUGGCGGCGAGAAUUUGGCUGAGGGCCUUGCUGCAUUCCGAGAGAGGAGAAAGCCUAACUGGGUUAAGUCGCAGCUGUAA